AUGGUGGCCCGACUGCUAGGGCUGGCCUUCCUGCUUCUAGCUUCCAGCCGGGUCACCUCGAAGACGCUCGAGGUGAAGGUCAAUCCCGACUGGGAGGUUGUGUACCGGGACACCAGUGUGUCCGGGGUGGUGGGUAAGGCGGUGAUCCUGGAGUGCGGCGCCGGCCUACCGGACCUGUACAUCUGGAGCUUCACCAAACCCGGAACCGACGCCAUAAAGGCCGUGGUGUACAAUCUGGGGAAAGGAACGAGGAUCCAGCAGCUGGCCCAGACGCUCGGACGUCUCACGGUCAUCUCCAACAGCGCCGCCGUGAGCAUCGAGAAGCUGCCUCUGGCUGCACACGGCCUCUUCACCUGCCAGGCCUUCUACGACAUCGAGCACGAGCCCAAGGUCUUCUACUACUACGUGCACCUCACUGUCCGAGUCCCCGUCAGUAAGCCGUACCUCCUGAUGAGCGACGUGUCCCCGGUGGAGGGCUCCACCAUGUGGAUGCGCUGCAAGCUGGACAACGGGACCGGACCGAUCCGGUACGUGUGGCAGCACGAGACGCGCGGCGGCAACGUUUCCGCCUUCGCGAGCGGCAACACGAACGUGAUCAACGUGACCAACAUCAACCGCAACCACACGGGCUGGUACCGCUGCGUGGCCAGCAACGACGUCAACAGCGAGCGCUCCAACCGGCUGUGGCUGGACACCAUCUUUGGCCCGGACCUCCCCCAGAUAGACGUGACUCCGUACAGCAUCACAGAGCGGGGCUACUCGGCCCUGGAGAGAGAGACUGUUUCUUUACUGUGUCAAGCCCAGUCCAACCCGGCCAGUCAGUACGUCUGGUUCUACAACAACUCCCAGGUCUACACCGGGCCCCAGUUGACCAUCACCAAGAUCCUCCGCAUGCACACCGGCGAAUACGCCUGCUUGGCGCAGAACACGUACCUCAACACCCGCUCCAAAAAAACCAUCAGCCUGACUGUCUACUACCCCCCCGACGGCUCCCCCUCCUGCUCUGUGGAGCCGGCUCUGAAUCACACUUCUGUGAGGCUGCUCUGCUCCUGGCCCGGUGGGUUCCCCUCCCCCUCCCUCCGCUGGACCGGACCCCUAGCCAGAGCGGGACAAGAGCAGGCCGCCACAGGGCCGCAAGCGAAUCCACCGGCCGGCGCCGCCAUCUUGCUGCCACCCGGUGAACUGACCGCCAACAGCAGCUCGUUCACUUGCAUGGGCUCCCACGUGGCCCUCAAAGCAUCGACCCAGUGCAGCACGCGCACACACAUCCCCCCUGCAGAGCCGGUGUGUUUGGCCUACGUGACGAACAAUAAACAGUAUCUGAUGCUGUCCUGCUCCUGGGACGGCGGGGCCCCGAAGGCCUCGGUGUGGUGGGAGGGCCCCGGCGGCCAGGGCGAAGGCGGCGAAGCGAACUCCAACAUCCUGAUCCUUCGCUACGGCACCGCCCGCAACGGGAAGCCCUACACCUGCCACGCCAAGCAUCCGCACCUGGUCCAAACCAAGACCUGCCGGCUCACACUGGAGGCUCCUGUGUUGCUGACGCAGCGUCGAGUCGUGUCCGUGUACCAGGGCAGCGACGUGAAGCUCACCUGCAACCUGAGAGACAACUACCUGCCCGUCAGUGAGAUCACCUGGUUUAACAAUCAGGGCGUGGGCAUCCGAGACACCUCCAAGUACGCGCUGAUGCAAACGUCUGCGUGGGCCAAUCUGACCGUGAGAGACGCGGAUGAGACUCAGGACAGUGGCGAGUACCGGUGCUCCAGCUCCAACGCAGUGGGAGGAACGGAGAUCAACGUCACGUUGGUGGUGAAGAGACACCCCAUGCCACCCAAUGCCACCCUGAUCAACGUGAUGUACAACAGCCGACUGCGUGUGGAGGUGGAGCUGGAGUGGCAGGUCAGGAGACACACCGUAGGGAAACUGACGCCGACCGCCACGUACCUGUUCCGCGUCACGACCGCCAACCACCGCACCGUCGGCCAUCCCUCCGCCGCGAAGACUCCAGCGGAGCCGCGCUACAACGUGUUCCCGGCGGUGAUCGGAGCGGCGAUCGGCGGGAUGCUCCUCGCGGCCUUCCUCACGGCGCUGCUGCUCGUCUACAUCAUCCGCAACCGCAACAACACGCCGCGUGAGUCCCUCAGGCAGAACGACGGAGCCAUUGUCCCCUUGCAGCACAGCCAGUCGAGGGAAAACAUCAACUUUCCAGAGGAUGAAGUGGUCGGCAGGUCGGAGGGAACGGAGGAGAUCGGUGGCUCCUCCAGUUCAGCAUCGCCCCUCAGUGCCACCCGCACCGCCAGCCAAGCCCCGCCCCCUGGAGACGACAACGAGCCCGUCAGCGUCACGAUCACAGUCAACGCGACAGGACCAUAG